AUGAAUAAAAAUGAAUUGAUUUCUUUAUUUGAGCAAACACAGCAAGUCUCAAAUGAAGAAAUCGAACAAGUUCAUCAAAAGCUAAACGCGUUUUCGAAUUCUAUUCAGACAUUGAUAUUGGUCAGAGAAAUUUUCCAAGAAAAUGUAAAUAAUGUUCAUAUUGCAUACAUGUGCCUUCUCAUGGCUAAGGAAGUCCUUCAUAAACGUGGUGCAAUCCUUCAAAAAGACCAAUUUGAUACAGAAAUUCUUGGAUUUUAUGAACUUUUUCAAUCAAAUUCCGAGGCAAUGAAAGCAAAUCAACUAUUAAUUACAAGUGCUUCAGAUGUAAUUGCUUCAAUUUUCAGAAUUCAUCUUUCAAUCUACCAGAACACAGGAAUUUUCCAAAUAUUCCAGCGAUAUCCGGAAAAUGAAGUUAUUAGAGAGAUUUCUAUUAACUCAUUAUUAGAACUUUUCAAUUAUUUCCAAACAAAAUUAUAUUUUGAAACUGAUUCAAGCUUUAAAAAUGCUAGAAGGAAACUUACCGAAGAAAGUUACAACCUACUGAGCCUUGUUGAUCUCUCAACAAAGCUUGGUUUAGAACUUAUUUUAACAAUUUUUACUUUUGAUAUCGGAACAGAUAACUAUUGGUCGUUCAAACCGCCAAUAAGUCGAAAUUACUUACGUUCUUUCCAAUCAUUUGCCACUCUUGAGACAGCACAACAAAUAUUAAACGUUGUUUUAACAAACCAAGAACUUUCACGCUUAGCAGCCGAAGUUUUUCAAUAUCUUAUCACUAUGCUACCUCAUCCAAGCAUUAAAUCCCAAGUUAAAGCUUUAAUUCAAAAUUCAUUUCAAGCUUUAAAGGAAAGUAUCACAGAAGAUAAUUCUGCAAUGAUUCUCUGUAUAAUACUCCGCACAGUUACAGAGUUAACAUCAUCAGAUUACAUUACAAAUGAAUUUAUUGAAUCUUUUCAAACUUUUACAGAAUCUAUCACGGAUAUUGACUCAGUUCAUAUUCUAAUUAACAUAUGGGCUCAGUUAUCUACUUAUGCUCAUCAACAAUGCAAAGGAAAUUUCGAAAAAUAUGAAAUUUGCUCAAUUUCAGGAAAGUUGUUUGGGCAUUUUGUAUUAUUCUUAUCCAGUCUUCCAGAAGAGUUAAUAUCAGAUAUAAUCCUCGAUCCUUUGUUCGAUAUUAAGUUUGGCCGCGUUUGGGAAUUAACAAUUUUCGAUUUCAUGGCCCAGAUGCAGAAUUUCAUAGAAGUAUUACAAAAUAGUUCAUUAGGACAACUUUCUAUGAUGCUUUCCUUAGUCGCAUUGUUAUUUACAGAAAAUAUUCGAGGAAAAAUUUUAAUUUACGUUGAAGAGCCAAAAUUCUGCAAAUCAUAUGCAGACAUUAUCAUUAGCUCAGUCACCGCGAUCAAUGUCCUCUCAAAGACAUUCAUUCCCAAAGAAAAUCUCCCUUUAAUUUCCGAGGCCAUCGAUGUUUACGAUCGUCACUUUUUGCCAAACGUUAUCGGCGAUUCACGUUCCUUACAAAAGAAGAUUAAUCGAAUAAUUGGUGAUAAAACACACAAAGAUGUUGAUCAUUUACAAUAUCUUAUUUUGAAGAAUCUUUUCCUUGGUUUACAAAGAUUUCCAAAUGAUUUCGACAUUAUUUCGAACUACUUGCAAAGUAUUGAAUACCUAAUAUCAUCAUACCAAAUAAGAUACAAUGCGGAAAAGUCUAAGGUCAUUUUCAAGUAUAUUUCGGGCGAAAUUGGAUUAAAUAUUGAAACUCUUGAUCCUUUCGACCAAUCCUUCCUAUAUCAGAAGUACUUCGCAAUAAUCAACACAAUGAUUAAGCUGGGAAGCUAUACAAACAAUUCUGACUUGAAUUUUAACUUAUUAAAUAGUUUUCACGAGGAUUUGGUGUCAAUUGACGUAAAUGAUCAUAUCAACUGUCUUAUACUACUAAGGAGAAUCUAUGGAUUCAUUAGUUCUCCUAAGAAAAUCCAAGAAAUUGCAUUUAAAUUUGUUAUUUCGGAAGAUCAUAAUCAGAAGUUCUGCGAAAUAGCCAAGUCAUGUGGAGAACAUGUUCUCCUAGCUCAAAUUAUAUGCGAAAUCUAUACAUCUGUUUCAAAAUUUUUAAUUGAUACAAAAACUUGUAAUGAAGACUCUUUAAUCUUAGUGCAUAUGUGCAAGAACUUACUAGAUCUCAUAAGCGAUUUAGAAAACUCAACUGAAAAGAUAAACAGUGCGAUAAUUUUAUUAGAAAACAUGAUUACAGGAAAAUACGUAAAUUAUGCGGCCAUGAGAUUCUUCGGUGAUAACAUGAUUGACCAACUCGCAGAAAUCUUCUUUACAAUCAUUAAAAGCGUUGAUGAAAACUCUUGGAUGAAAGAAUUCGUUCUAAUAAUGAACGAGUUGUGGGAAAUUGAUCAAUCCUUCUUCCAUAAUGAAGAAAACCUUGUUGUUGCCUUGAAAUGGAUAUCAAGGACUUUCUUGACAGAUGAUAAAGUUUUAGAAGAAAAAAGUGCCAAAAUUUUGGAAAAUCUUGUCACUUUUUGUGGUGAAGAAUUAGGACCAUUUAUUCAGCCCCUUGUUCUUAUAUUUGAUUCAACUAUGAACCACCAGAAUCCUCCAUUAGUAAAUUACGCUUAUGUUGUUAGAAAAUUGCUCCAGACAGCAACAUCAGAAAUAAUUCAGUUCAUGCAGGUUGCUUUAACAUGUUUCGAUGAUUUCAUACAAGAGGAAGUCCAUGGAAUCUUCCAAAAGUUAAUAGAUUCCAAGCCAGACGAAUUUCCAAGUAAUUUCAAGGUUUUUGCCACAGAAAUCAAAAGAUACAAGGUUGUAUUAUCAGAUCUACCUCAAUUUACAAAUAUAUUUAGAGAAUCAUACUAA